UUUGAUCUUUUGGUGGAGAGAAGUCACGAUAUAUACAGACACCACCUACAGGAGCCAACUCUUCGUAUGACAGGCAGCGACUCCUACAGUUCCUGUGACUACUGCAGGUCCUGGAGAAGUUCUCUCCCAGUUCUUUUCUAACGCUUUUCUGUGGUGAAGUAUUCAAUAUUUUCUUCUCCGUUCUCCUGUUUUCUACCACCUUAGUUUGUUUCUUGUUUUCUAAUCUCUGCCAUAAGACCUGUGUGCAAACACGAUUAAGUUGUGCGCACCCUGGGGAAGAAGGCAAAAGAACCAAUGGGGCGAUCAGCUUGUUUAGAGUUCCUUCUCUUCCUGUUGCUGCUGCAAACAAACUCUUUCGGAGCAAACGCAGCUGCGAGCAGUUGUCCACAUUGCGAGGAUUCGUGCUGCAGUCUUGACAUCCAGCUGUACAAGCAGCUGCGCGUGGACGUCAACUGCUCGCAACCUGAUCACGCGGUCAUCGUCGUGGACACGGAGACUACAAGUGAUGCCGCAAACCACCGCGACGACCCAACGUGCAACGAAACCUCCCUGAUUUACGACUACGGAUGUCUGACGGAUCUUCCUGUCAACAUCUGUGAUUUUCCCUCCAUCAGGGCCGUCAGACUGCUCUACAACAACCUGACUACCUUUCCCCGCCUCACCUGCCUGCAUCGUUUGCUCGUCCUUGACCUCCGCUACAACGCUAUCACUCAAGUUCCGGAAGGAGCCUUUCACGGUCUCCCCGAGCUUCGCGAGGUCUACCUGGACUUCAAUGUCAUCACCUCAAUCCAUCCUGACGCCUUCGAUCCACACGUGACUGAACUAAAGAUCUUCACCAUCGCCAACAACCUUCUGACCGUCGUCAAUCCUUGGCUGUUCCUCCUGUCCUACGAGUUUUGCGAGUUCGAUUUCAGCAAUAAUCACAUAAAGGAUUUAAGCAAUGAGCAUCAUCGAAAUAUCAACAUGUCUGUCAACUACGGACCUGGCUUUGUGGAUUUUUCUUAUAAUAAUGUCACGGCAUUGCCUACAAAUGAGUUUAUGAAGUUUGGCAUCAAGACAAUGAACGAUAUGUUGAAAUUUUUCUUGUGGGGAUUUGAUUUUCGUCACAAUCCUUUCCACUGUGACUGUCAAAUGUACGACCUCCUUGGAUAUUUCGAUAACUUGACACUCUUUGUUCGGGCAGAUAUCUUGAAUGUCACGUGUGGUAGCCCACCAAAGUUCAAGGACGUUCCUUUCAAUAAAGUACCACUGGACGAGCUGGUGUGCAAUGUCACAGAGAACUGCCCGUCGUCCUGCACGUGCACUAAGAGACCUUAUUAUCAAGACUUGUUGGUGAAUUGUACUUACAAGCGACUGCCGACCCUGCCUGACGACACGCCGGAAGGGAGCCUCACUAUGAACAUGAUUCAAAACGCCAUCACGCGCCUGGACUGGCAACAUUACCUCAAGCGAGUGGUUCAUCUGAACCUGACGGACAACCACCUCCGCGACAUCGACUGGCAGGCGGCGCUGGCGCUGCGCAACGUCAGGACCCUUGACCUUCGCGGAAACGAUCUUCACCAUGUGCCCAGCACCUUACAGGUUGUGUCCCCUAACGCGCUGUACCUGGACACCCACACCCUCAGGUGCACCUGUGACCUGGAGUGGUUUCCGGCCUGGGCCAGGUACUACGUCGGGGACAACAUACGAAAGGUCACGUGCCUGUCGGAAAAGGACGGUCGUCAAGUGCUGCUGAUCAACGCCACGCGAAAGGAACUCGGCUGUGAAGAAAACAAUGACUCACCCCCUCAAGUGACUUUGGUUUCCAUCAUCUUGGUAGUCGCCGUCGUCGUCGCCUCCCCCAUCCUCGUUGUAGUGUUUCGUCACGAGGUGUUGGUGCUCAAACAUCGCUUGCUCUACCGUCAUCACACAGACAAACACUUCCCCGCUCUGCUGGACGACCUUCGCUACGACGUCUUCGUCAGCACGGCCACCAACAGCGACAACGACGCCACCUGGGUGAGCAGGAUCUUGCUGCCGGCCAUGGACAGACGCCGACUGACCUACUUUGUGCCACAGCGAGACUACCUGCCGGGAGCCAUCCCCAUGGACGAAGUGGUUCAAACCCUCCGACAGAGCAAGUGCGCGCUCAUCCUGCUGUCGCCGGACUACCUGGCCCAGCCCAUCUGCUGCUUCCAGUUCCGCCAAGCGUACGACAUGAUGGUCAAGGAGGGUCGCGGUCGCGUCUUCGUCGUGUGCUUGCAGAAGGUCAAGCGGGGUCAGGUGCAGGAUAGGUUCCUAAGAGCCAUGCUCAACCUCAACAUGGCGUACUCAGGCCACUGCCCCGAACAUCUUUCCGCUGUCCUCAGUCGCAUAUAAACCUACAGUUGCUGAACCACAUCUGUCGGUUACAUCAUUCUUGACCGUCACUAAGGGUAUUAUUUCUAAAGGGUAACUGAGCCAAAAUGUCAGUAAUAAGAAAAUGUCGAAUACUGACAAUAUUUUUCUUCAAUGUAUCAGUAGAAUGGGCAGCCUGGGGGACUUGUACUGUUGAAAUAAACCGUACAAACCCUCACCCCAUUCUUUCUUUAUCUUCCUCUUCCUCCUUGCCAUAACUUUUUUAAAAUUUCCUUGAGUAUGUCCGUGCCUGAGUCGAUUCUCAGACGAGCACGUUGAAGUGUUUAAAGACGGAAAAUAAAAAGUGGCCUAGAGCCAUUGACCUUAUCCUCGAAGUCACCAUCUUGAAAUCAGAACGAGGCCUUAUGUGUCGUUGUAUUUGCUUCGCUUGCAGGAUGAUAUGUAGACACUAUUUUAUAGCAAGUAGCAUAAUGCCAAUAGGGCUUUUUUUUUUUUUUGGUAGUGUGCUUGUUUGGUAUUCACAUUUUUCUUAACAGUGUGAAAGUGUGAAAAUGUUAUCACAUAUUUUACGUUUGUUUUUCAUUUUCUCCACACACUUUGAAAUGUUGAUGUUGAAUACCUUACCCCGUUUACUUGUGUGUAUAUUAUUUCGUGUGUGCAUUUAUUAUUUCUGUGACACCAACCACUCAAAAAUGCUGUACCUUACGAGGGUAUUUCGCAUAUUGCAUACAUAUCUCUUUACAUUUGUGUGUCACCAGGCUGUAUAAUUUGCUGUUUAUCCUUAGAAUUUGUUGCAGGAUGUGUACAUUCAAAUUUCUUAUGUUUAUGUUUCUCUUUCAAUAAUAUGUCUUCCUUGCACCUUAAAUUAAGAAAUUUCAAGUAUCUGUUACAGCUUUCAAAGCUUUAUUUCUCACUUGCAAUCGAAAGCAAGGAUAAUGUGGCCACAAUGUCACAUGUGUCAUCAUCUGUACAGGUGGGUAUACACAUGUGUCUGCACGAUUUGACUUUCUUUGUGAGGUUCUCAGGCAGUCAUUCUCGUAACCAUGAGACCCAUGAGGCCUCGUUAAUAAAUGUUGUGCAGGUCCUAAGGUCAUGUCCACGUCGUUCUUCUAAUCUGUCGAGUUUGUAGUGUGCUCUCUUUCGAGGUUUCAAGCACAAUACUGCUUGUCCUCGCCUCUCUCAAAGAUAGUAAAACACGGAGAUAGCGCACGACGCGGUUUACGACUUCCUCCAGACUUCAUUCAUAACGCAGCGCCCCGCGCGGCACGCAUGGCGGUCUGUGCAAGGGAGACAACCACUAGACUGUAAACGUGCGAUGCGAUUGCCUGCAGCUGCUCUUAUUCUUUGGUUUUGCUCUAGGAACCUAUUAUAUGUUUAUGUGUGUAGUGAUAAUAAAUAAUGGCUUAUUAUUUGCAAGUUUUAUUAAAGAAAUAUUAAACAACAUUUUACUCAAAGUGCUCCUCCACCUCUCCACUCUAGCUGUUGUCUGGUGUGCGCGUGCAAGCAAUAAAGCUGUUCUUGUAAAUAUU